UUGAGUUUGAAUGAUAAAUGCAGAUAAGAAUUGUGGCGCAGUGCGAAAGUCGAUUCAGAUUGUUCAUUUAUCUUGGGUACUUAUGUUCGCGAUAAUGAUUGCGUGUGAUGAGCUGCCUGAAAAAAAGCAGGCGCCACUACACUUCGAGGGGUGACGACUCGAGAAUAAGGUUAGUCGCGUUAAUCAGCUGAUGAGUUUCUGACUGGCGGCGAAUCGCACCGGGAUUUGUGUAACAGUGCAAUUACAAUUAACAUAUUUACUCCACGAUAUACAUACAUAUAUACAUACAUAUACAUCAUGCGCUUAGUAAUUUGUGACACAGUGGAUUAUGUCGCAGAAUGGUCUGCAAAGUAUGUUUUGAAAAGAAUCAAUGAUUUCCAUCCUAAUGAGAACAAGUAUUUUGUUCUCGGUCUUCCUACAGGUAGUACACCUUUGGGAAUGUACAAAAAACUUAUAGAAUAUUAUCAACAAGGCAAAAUUUCUUUCAAAUAUGUUAAGACGUUUAACAUGGACGAGUAUGUAGACUUGCCGAGAGAUCAUCCAGAGUCUUAUCACUAUUAUAUGUACAACAACUUCUUCAAACAUAUAGAUAUUGAUCCGGGAAAUGUGCAUAUACUUGAUGGAAAUGUGACGAAUCUUGAAAAAGAGUGCAAUGAUUUUGAACAAAAAAUUAAAGAAGCUGGUGGAAUAGAAUUGUUCAUUGGAGGCAUUGGUCCAGAUGGACACAUAGCUUUCAAUGAGCCGGGCUCAUCGUUAGCUUCUCGCACUAGAGUGAAAACUCUUGCGCAAGAUACUUUGGAGGCUAACGCGAGAUUUUUCGGAAAUGAUAUUGCCAAGGUGCCAAAACAGGCUCUAACUGUGGGCGUCGGCACCGUGAUGGAUGCUAAGGAAGUAGUGAUUCUUAUUACGGGAUCUCAUAAGGCUUUUGCUCUUUACAAAACAAUAGAGGAGGGUAUUAAUCAUAUGUGGACAGUAUCUGCGUUUCAACAACAUCCACGUACGCUUAUAAUCUGUGAUGAAGAUGCGACUUUGGAAUUACGCGUGAAAACGGUUAAAUAUUUCAAGGGGCUCAGUGAUGUACAUCGCAAAUUGAUUGAGGAAGAUGGAAAUGCAAUUCCACGCCGUACAGUGCAAAACAAUUAAAAUGAAUUUAUGGGGUAUUCAUAGCAAAUUGAUCGAACAAGAUAAUCGAACAACAUAAGGAUUUUGUCAUCAAUUUAUGGAAAUUUCGUUAAAGACGCAUGAAGAAGAGUUGAAACAAAUAAUCGGAAGUUUUAACCUGUGGACAGUGAAUAAAAUAAUCAAAUAUUAUAUUAUAUAUGCAAUAUAUUGCAUCUGGUAUUUUGUGUUA